GAAGAUGAGAUACGACGCCUUUCACUGCUAUUAUUUGCAGAGGUCAAACCGAAGUGCGUCGAGCUCAGCACUCUUACAAUGAGUCCCAAUUUCACCAAAUCACCUCAGCUAGUAUCUACCCUAGGCUCCAUAUCGCAAACGCUCCAAAGCCAUAAGAAAGACAACACAUUAGUAGAGCGUCCCUAUAUUCUUUCCAAAAACUUAGCUGACUACAUAUUCUUUCCUUUGACAGCAUUGCUCAAACAAACAAAUCUAGAUGAUGCCGUGAUCCAGCAUGUCUUGAACAUCAUAGGGUUUUUGACCAGAUUUUCCUGGAGCAGCGAUGUCAACCUCGAAUUGAUAGAUCAGUUGUAUCCAUUGGUUGUUGUUUUAAGUGGCAUUACCUCGAUGGACUCACUUGGAAACAAAUCACUAGAGCUUCGUUCCUCCACUAUUUAUUGCUUAUCCAGCAUUAUUUCAGCAAUCCCAAGCACUUACUUUAAUGACACUACGAAACCGAAACGAUUACAAUUUCUUGGAAACUCAAUCACAAUCCUUUUGACCGUGAUCACUUCUUUAAUAAAUCCCACUUCACAAGAACAGAGUUCAUUAGUCGAAGAAUCUUUGGAAUCACUUGAUCUUCUUAUUACAGACAAGGCGACAGCAGAGCUCAUUUCUCAUGUCCUACCUGGAAUUGUUUCACAGAUUGUGAACUUUGUUGUCUCAUCUAGAAACCUACACUUUUCCUUGCAUCUUCUAAUUCUUGAAUUAUUACGACAUUUGAUCGUCAAAGUGUUUAGUGAUUCUAACCUCGGAGUAGAGUCAGAGAAUGUGGAAACCGAGUUUAACACAUUAAUGGAAGUCAACAAAUUGUGGGAGAGUGGUAACCUUGAACAGGAGAUGCUGAAUGGAAAUGCAUCACAAAUUGCGAUUAAUAUUCCCGAAUCUACAAAGCAUAGAACUAUGUCUUGGCUAAAAGCUACGUCUAAACAAUUAAAGCUUUCGUUGAAUGUUUUAUUCAAAAAUCUUUUAUUAUCUUCUCAAGUGAACAAGGCAAAAUUCCGGAGCAAACCUAAAAUGGGAGAAAAGGUGAUUUCUUUCAUAGUCCAAAUAUGUGAGAAUUGUUUCUUGACAUUAUUCAAUGAAGUUGUUCCCUUAGGUCUUGAUGUACUUUCGGCAUUGAUAUCUUGCACUACAAUCGACGAUCCGCUUGUCGAAGCUACAGCUAUUGCAGAAUGCUCCAAGCUUAUCAUCGAUGCCUUAAAGCAAAGUAAAAGUCCGUCAAAGCACGGAACAAUGUUAUUUAAUUUGGUUCGAUUAAAAUUAGAGGAUCUAAUAGAUUCAAAAAUGACGACGGCACUAUUCUCCACAGAUGAGGAGAAAAUCAAUGCAUUCUUGGUUAGUAUGAAAAUCCAGCUUCAAAUAUUAUCUGAAUUAUCAGAAGUAACUUUUAUUGGUUCCGGAGACCUCUCUAGCAUGAGCUCUAGAGCUUUGAAGAGAUUAAAAGCAUCAAUAAUUGAGUGUCAUCAUUUCAGCACAAACAAGUCUUUGUCAAAAUCUGAAAGCUUUAAAUUCAGAGACUCUACCGAUGAAGAGUCCAAAGAUAAUAUGUUAGACAAUAUUGAAUUGCCUCCCUCCAUAAAUGCCAAGUAUAUUACAAAGAUUAACCCUCAAGGUAAUGGAUCGCAGUCCACUGAUGGUACUUACUCUUCCAACAUGAUGAUUUUAUCCAACAAAUUCGACAACAUACGGAACCUUAUAAAGCAAAAUGAUGGCUUCGAGAAUGCAGGAGUACUAGCCAAGACAUAUACAUCUAAAGUUGAAAGUAAGCUUCAGUCAUUUGUACGAUUUCUUGGCUCUUCCACAAAAGUUGAUUUAACAGUAGACUUCUUGGAUGAAUUCUUCGACCAAGACCCUACCAACUACUUUGAACAAAUUGACUUUUUGGGAAAAGCUAGAAGUCACUUCGAAUUGAGUAUUUCACUUUGGAUUGCAAAUAAUAUGUUAGCUAACAGCAAAAUUGAAUUGAAUCAUAACCGCGAAAUUGAUGAGUUCCUAAUUUCAGAUGAAUUGGAUCAUCUGGAUGUGCAAGUGGAUUCUCAUUCUGAGGAAGUCUGUUACUUUAUAAUGAGUAAAUCGCAAGACCAGAUCAAUGAGAUAUCCGAAAUCAUGAGUUUGAAUAAGUAUCUGAGAGAUGAAAUUCACUUGUACGAAACAUCUUAUGCUAUUGCACUAGACUCAAUUGGUACUUUGUCUAACUGUUUACCUUUUGAGGAUUUUCAGGCGGAUUAUCUCAUUGAAUACUUAUAUCCCUUGCUUGAGUCACUUACUUAUCAGUCCAAUCCACUAAUCCAGUCCCAUGGUCAAAACGCGGUAAAAAUGAUAAUUGAUAAUUACUACAAUGGAUCUUUAGAAGCAUUAAUCUUAGACAAUCUGGACUAUCUCAUAGAUAGUAUGAACAUUAGAUUAUCAGUCAUCACUAAUCUUACUCCAACUUUGCCAAAGUUACUCUUAUUGGUGAUGAAAAUAGCUGGAAUGAAAUUAUUGGAAAGAAAUGAAUUGAAUGAGAUUCUAACACAAAUGUUUAUACUUAUUGAUUCAUAUCAUGGGUAUUCCAUGAUUGUGGAGGGAUUCUUCAUCGUAUUUGAAGAGCUCAUCAAUCAAAUCAAGAAGGAGUAUCUAGUGGGGUCUGCUACGAAUUUAAAAGCCCAACCUAUAGGAGAUAAUUCAUCGAGUUUCAAGCCUUGGGGAAUGACAAAUAAGGAACAAUUAAUGAAACUCAUUGGCGAUGCGGAAAUCUUGGCUGGCACUACAGAAUAUGAUCUGAACAAGGAAUACUUUGUUAGGCAAGAGGGUGUUCCUUUUGGAGACCAGAUAGAAGAAACUCCUGAUUCUGACGAUGAAGAAUAUGACUCUGAUGAAAAUGGCUCAUCAGAGAAGGACGAGAAAAAGUGGACUUCAUCGGUACCCAAAACUACUUAUUUAUUGGUGCAAAGAAUAUUUAAAUAUGGAUUCAUGAUGCUAACUCAUCAAUCCCAAUCGGUCAAGAUUCAAAUUUUACGGGCCAUGAAACAGGCAUAUCCAGUUUUGUCCACCGAUCACAGCUUGUUAAUACCAAUAGUAACUGAAAAUUGGCCCGUAUUGUUUACAUUGAUAAGUGGUACUAAUUCAUUAACCACCUUCCAAGAGACUCAGACUUCGAAUUCUGAUUCCCAAAACCUUGUUCUUCCAGCUUUAGAAUUUGCUCAGGUAAUCCUAGACGAGGAUGAGGCACUGAGUGAGAGAUUUAUGGGCAGAAGGUUUGUUGAAUCAUGGGAGUUCUUGGUUAGUCAUAAUCAAUUAUUAAAAGAGGUAGCUCAGGAAAGUCAAUCGAUAGGACAAAACUCGUCAUCUGAAGUUACUGUUCCUAAAAGUAAAGCAUUGGCUCGUUCUAGAAUUGAUCCUAGAAUAUCUGCUGGCUAUGUGAAAUAUCUUUGGACUGGACUCAAAGCAUAUAAUAAAGUUAUUCCAGAUACUACCAGAUACAACAUGGUUAGGUUUGCAUAUGCCUUGGGUAUUCCGCCACAGCUUGAACAGCCUCAAGAAGUGAAGAAUACCGCAUGGAUAAUUAAGUUGGAGAAUGGAAAU